GGUGAGAGCACAAUCCUGGACAUGGAGCUGAUGGAGGAGGAGAAGUUGACUUUAAACAGUGCCUCUUGUAAACCUGGAAAACCUGGGAGAAAGYGCAAGACAUUUCCAGUGGAGAGCUGUGGCUCCCUCACAGAGAGUCUAAGUGUUGGCAACAGUUACUCCGGGGUGUGUAGGUCCUUCAUGACCCAAGUCCACAAUGGAGACAUGAUGCCCGAUGCCUGCUUCCCAAAACAGGAGAAGAGGGAAGUGGAGAACAGGAUCCCAAGAGACCAAGCAGAGGACAGCUCCCAGAGUUCGAGUCCAAGUCCUUCCAAAGAGAAUGGCUUCCUGUCCGGCAGGGAGGAUCAGGACUUGGAGAAGGACAAGGAUGACGAUCUUAUGAUGCCACGCAAGAAAAGAGGGAGACGGAAACUGGAGCGUCCUACAAAAUAUGUGGAGCACAAAGAGGACGACGGGUGCGAUGCAAUCAAGACGGAGGGAGGUCGAGGCAGGCAACGAGGGGGAGUUGGUUGGGAGAUCAGCCUUCGUCAGAGGCCCAUGCCCAGAAUAACCUUCCAGGCUGGUGACCCAUAUUACAUUAGCAAACGGACCAGGGAGGAGUGGAUGGCCAAGUGGAAGAUGGAGGCAGAGAAAAAGGCCAAGCUAAUGUCAACGAUGAACACGAUGAAGGACGGCGAGAAUGAAACCGACUCUCAGAAGGAGGAUUUCUCCAUAAUCAAACACCCACAGCCUUCAAAGCAACAACAGCAGCCUCAGCCUCAGCACAGUCAGUCUCUGUCACAGCCUCAGUAUCAACAGCAAUCCCAAACGUCUCUGCCACAGCAGCAACAACAUAUGCAGCCUCCUCAGCAGCAGCAGCAGCCCACUGACCCAGCCUCCCCAAAUGUGGCAACCACCCCGGAGCCUGUCACCGUCGGAGAGGACAAAACUUCCCCCAAGACUGCAGACACUGAGCCUGAGUACGAGGAUGAUCGUGGUUUUGGCAUUGGUGAGCUGGUUUGGGGGAAGCUGCGAGGAUUUUCCUGGUGGCCAGGCCGCAUUGUCUCCUGGUGGAUGACAGGCCGAAGCAGAGCAGCUGAGGGAACCAGAUGGGUCAUGUGGUUUGGAGAUGGAAAGUUCUCAGUGGUCUGUGUAGAGAAGCUAUUGCCUUUAAGUUCAUUUAAUAAUGCCUUUCACCAACCAACUUACAACAAACAGCCCAUGUACAAAAAAGCAAUCUAUGAAGUGUUACAGAUGGCUAGCAGCCGAGCAGGAAAAACCUUCAUGGCGUGUCCAGACAGUGAUGAGACAGAAACAUCAAAAUCUGUGGAAAUGUUAAACAAGCAAAUGAUUGAGUGGGCUAUGACUGGGUUUCAGCCCACUGGGCCCAGAGGCUUAGAGCCACCAGAGGAGGAACGUAACUCAGAGGUUUACCCUGAGAUGUGGGUGGAACCAGAAGCUGCAGCCUACACACCUCCUCCAGCCAAAAAGCCUCGCAAGAGCACCGUGGAAAAACCCAAGGUCAAGGAGAUAGUUGAUGAACGAACACGAGAGCGGCUUGUUUAUGAAGUGAGACAAAAGUCCCGCAGUAUCGAGGACAUCUGCAUCUCCUGUGGAAGCCUGAAUGUUAGCCUGGAGCACCCGCUGUUCGCUGGAGGAAUGUGUCAGAGCUGCAAGAAUUGCUUCCUAGAAUGUGCAUAUCAGUACGAUGAUGAUGGUUAUCAGUCAUACUGCACUAUUUGUUGCGGGGGGCGCGAGGUGCUCAUGUGUGGGAAUAACAACUGUUGUCGGUGCUUCUGUGUAGAGUGUGUGGACCUCCUUGUUGGUCCAGGAGCUGCCCUCGCUGCCAUCAAAGAGGACCCGUGGAACUGCUACAUGUGCUGUCCAAAGGGUGUGUUCGGUCUGCUGGAGCGUCGCUCAGACUGGCCCAUCCGCCUGCAGCACUUCUUUGCAAAUAACCAUGACCAAGAUUUUGAUCCACCAAAGCUUUACCCCCCCGUCAUGGUGGAGAAGAGGACGCCCAUUCGUGUCCUGUCGCUCUUUGAUGGCAUAGCAACAGGGCUCCUGGUGCUGAAAGAGCUCGGCAUCCGAGUAGAUCGUUACGUAGCCUCUGAAGUGUGUGAAGACUCCAUCACAGUAGGAAUCGUCCGGCAUCAGGGACGGAUCAUGUAUGUUGGAGACGUGAGGAACGUCACACGCAAACAUAUUCAGGAGUGGGGUCCUUUUGACCUUGUUAUUGGUGGAAGCCCCUGCAAUGACCUCUCUAUAGUCAAUCCUGCUAGGAAGGGUCUUUAUGAAGGCACUGGUCGCCUUUUCUUUGAGUUUUAUCGGCUGCUCCAUGAGGCUCGACCAAAGGAAGGGGACAACCGGCCUUUCUUCUGGCUCUUUGAGAAUGUGGUGGCCAUGGGUGUCAGUGACAAGAGGGACAUAUCUCGCUUUUUAGAGUGUAACCCAGUGAUGAUCGAUGCUAAAGAGGUGUCUGCUGCCCACCGAGCCCGUUACUUUUGGGGUAAUCUCCCUGGGAUGAACAG